AUGAAUUCUCUCACUGAUCAAUCAGGCAGCUCUAAUGGAGGUUCCACUCCACGUAGUCCCUUCUCUCCAUCUUCUGCUUAUGAAAGGCACAAAGGUCUUGCGGAUUCCAAAUUCCAGCGUCCACACCCCAGUUCCUCCGCAAUUGAUCCAUUAUCACCUGGAUCAAUGCUCCAUGGAGGGCACAAGUUCCACGAGGCUUUCCAAAUGAAACAGGGGCGUCUUGAUCUCCAAGCCGCUAAGAUUUCGGAAAUGAUGAAAUCAAAUAAUUUAGAUAAUGCUCCCACGUUGUCACUUCUGAGUAUUGUGAAUGGUAUUCUUGAUGAAAGUAUUGAGAGAAAGAAUGGUGAAAUCCCUCAGCGUGUAGCAUGUCUGCUUAGAAAAGUCGUGCAGGAAAUCGAGCGGCGUAUUUCAACUCAAUCUGAGCAUCUAAGAACGCAAAACAAUGUGUUUAAAGCUCGUGAGGAGAAGUACCAGUCAAGGAUCAAAGUUCUUGAAACCUUAGCUUCAGGAACUAGUGAAGAAAAUGAGACAGAAAAGUCCAAGCUGGAAGAAAAGAAGAAUAACAAAGAGGAGAGUAUUGUUAAGCUAGAGAAAGAAAAUGGUGAACAUAAUCUUGAAAUUUCUACUUUAAGGCGAGAACUGGAGACAACCAAGAAAGCAUAUGAACAACAAUGCUUGCAAAUGGAAAGCCAUACAAAGGUUGCUACAGAAGGUAUCGAGGACAGAGUGAAGGAGCUUGAACAAAUGAGAAAAGUUGCAAGCGUUGCGAAAGUUGCCCUUGAGGAAAGGGUUAAGGAGCUUGAAAAGAUUGGAAAAGAAGCAGAUGCUGUUAAAACGACUCUUGAAGAAAAGGUGAAGGAGCUUCAACAGUUUAAAAAAGAGACGAUGACUCUUAAUACAAGCCUUGAAGCAAAAAAUCGAGAGCUUGAAAAGAUGGGGAAAGAAGCAAAUGCUGCUAAAGCGACCCUUGAAGAAAAGGUGAAGGAGCUUCAACAGUUCAAAAUAGAGACAAUAUCUGUUAAUACAAGCCUUGAAGGAAAAAAUCGAGAGCUUGAGAAGAUGGGGAAAGAAGCAAAUGCUGCUAAAACGAGUCUCGAGGAAAAGGUGAAGGAGCUUGAACAAUUUAAAAAGGAGACUAGAAUUGUUACUACAAGCCUUGAAGCAAAAAACCAUGAGCUUGAACAAAAUCUGGUCCAAUGGAUGAGUAAAGCCAAAGAAAUGGAAGAAAAAUCAGAAUUGACGAAUCAGAGUUCGAGUCAGAAAGAAGUUUUGUUUAGAAGCUUUAUCAGUUUGCAGUUGAAGGCACUACAAGAAUUGAGAUCCUAUUCAAAGUCCAUCAAACAAGAAAUACUAAAAGUUCAAGAUAAGUAUAGAGAAGAGUUUAGACAAAUAGGGAAGAAAGUGCUUGAACUUGGAGAUGCUGCUGCAAACUAUCACGAGGUCCUAACUGAAAACCAAAAACUCUUCAAUGAACUUCAGGAGCUAAAAGGAAACAUUAGAGUGUAUUGUCGUGUGAGGCCUUUCUUGCGUGGGCAAGGUGAAUCAAACACUGUGGUAGAACACAUUGGUGAGCAUGGAGAGUUGGUUGUUCUCAAUCCUACAAAACCUGGAAAAGAUGGUCUUCGCAAAUUUAGGUUCAAUAAAGUCUACAGUCCAGCUUCUACUCAAGCUGAGGUAUUUUCGGAUAUAAAACCUCUUGUUCGAUCAGUUCUUGAUGGGUACAAUGUUUGUAUAUUUGCGUAUGGUCAGACAGGAUCAGGGAAAACUUACACAAUGACUGGUCCAGAUAAUGCAAGUGAAAAAGAUUGGGGAGUAAACUAUCGAGCUCUCAAUGACCUCUUCAAAAUCUCUCAGUCCCGAAAAACCAGCAUAUUAUAUGAAGUCGGUGUGCAGAUGGUGGAGAUAUACAACGAGCAAGUCCGGAUUCUUUCUACAGCUCAAGAAAACGGUCUUGCUGUACCUGAUGCAAGCAUGUAUCCUGUGACAUCGACCUCGGAUGUUCUUGAAUUGAUGAACAUAGGGCUACAGAACCGCACCGUUAGCUCCACUGCCUUGAACGAAAGAAGUAGUCGCUCUCACAGUAUUGUGACUGUUCAUGUUCGCGGCAAGGACUUGAAGACCGGUUCUGCGUUGUAUGGCAAUCUACAUUUGGUGGAUCUGGCGGGUAGUGAGAGAGUUGAUCGGUCUGAAGUUACAGGAGACAGGCUUAAAGAAGCACAACAUAUAAACAAGUCACUCUCAUCUCUAGGAGAUGUGAUAUUCUCUCUCGCUUCAAAGAGCUCUCAUGUUCCAUAUAGAAACAGCAAACUAACUCAGCUUCUCCAAAGCUCUCUAGGAGGACGAGCAAAGACACUGAUGUUUGUGCAACUCAAUCCUGAUAUAACUUCAUAUUCAGAGUCAAUGAGUACUCUGAAAUUCGCAGAACGUGUCUCUGGAGUUGAGUUAGGUGCUGCAAAGAGCAGUAAAGAUGGUAGAGAUGUUAGAGAAUUAAUGGAGCAGUUAGGGUCCCUUAAGGACACAAUAGCGAGGAAAGACGAUGAGAUAGAGCGGCUUCAUUUGCUUAAGGACAUUAAUAACCCACAAAGACUGCAGAGAAAGAGCUUAGGACAAUCCGAUGAGUUUAACUCAGAAGCUGGAGAUUCGCAGUUGUCUAUAGAAGUAGACUCAAGAUUCCAACAAGAUUAUCUCAGGCAGUCACGACAAUCUGUCACAGAUGGAGAGACCUUAGCUUCCUCCACUGAUGCAGAGUUCGAUAAUGAAACAGAAGGAUCCAUCGAUGUUGCUCGUGCAACUGAAGUGAGAAAACCAUUGAAGAAUUUAGACAAAAUUAAGCCGGUGGCUCCAAGAGGUACUACGACGACACCGGUGACUCCAAGAGGUACUACGACGACAGCACGGCCACUUGAUAAACUCAAGCAAGUCGCUACGAGAGCAACGAACGUUGCAAAGGCUACGUCAAGCUUGGGGUCACCAAGCAUGAAGAAGACGGGGAGUGCUUCCAAUUUGCUCAGCCUCAAGUCAUCGAAACGGUGGUCGUAA